AUAUAUCGACUGUUGUGUGGCAAACAUAAACAACAACAAUCAUUCCUUCUCCUCCACCUCUCUUUUUUUUCCCUACUCGUUAGGGUUUCAGAUCAUCUUGAAUCUUCAUACCUGUAAUGCAAUCAGAAAUCCAAGCUAAAAUAUACAAAUACAUAUACCUGCUCUGCUUUGUGUCGUUUUUGGUGAUCGAUCUGAUCGUUUUUGCAGCCGAUCGGGGUUUUUUUCUUGAGAAACAACCAUGCCUGCGCUCAUCAAUUACAGUGGGGAUGAUGAAAUUUAUUCUGGAGGGUCCAUUUAUUCCAAGGAUUCGAGCCUCUUGCUAUCUCUUGGUUCCCAUGUCGAUGUCUAUUGCCCUCCACGCAAGAGGUCACGCAUCAGCGGACCAUUCGUCUUCAGAGAAAACAGAUUUGAGGAGGAAAAGAGACCAUCCAUUGAAGUUCUUCCCGAUGAAUGCCUUUUUGAGAUCUUCAGACGCCUGCCUGGAGGUAAAGAGAGGAGUGCCAGUGCUUGUGUAUCCAAGCGUUGGCUUAUGCUGCUAAGUAGCGUGCGCAAUUCUGAAAUUUGCAGGAGCGAGUAUGUUCAGGGAGGAACAUGUGAAAACAAUGUAGAUCAGUCUUCGAAUGACGUUGAAAUGAUCUGUGGCGAUGAAGAUAAGGAACUUCAAAGUGAUGGGUACCUUACAAGGUGCUUAGAAGGGAAGAAAGCGACUGAUAUUAGACUUGCUGCUAUUGCAGUUGGAACGGCCAGCCGUGGAGGGCUUGGCAAGCUUUCAGUCAGGGGAAGCAACUCUAUCCGUGGAGUUACCAACCUUGGUCUCUCAGCAAUUGCCCACGGUUGCCCUUCUUUAAGGGUUCUUUCUUUGUGGAACGUUCCUUCUAUUGGCGAUGAGGGUCUUGCAGAGAUAGCCAAAGAAUGCCACUUGCUAGAGAAACUUGACCUCUGCCAGUGUCCUUCAAUCUCCAACAAGGGCUUGAUGGCAAUUGCAGUGAGUUGUCCCAAUUUGACUGCUUUAACGAUUGAAUCUUGUGCAAACAUUGGGAAUGAGAGCUUGCAAACUAUUGGAAGGUGCUGUCCCAAGUUACAGGCCAUAACUAUUAAAGACUGCCCUCUUGUUGGAGAUCAGGGGGUUGCUAGGGUCUUGUCAUCGGUUUCUUCUGUCUUGACAAAGGUAAAGCUUCAGGCCUUGAACAUCACAGACUUCUCUCUUGCUGUAAUUGGGCACUGUGGCAAAGCCAUUACUAAUAUUGUCCUCAAUGGGCUUCAAAAUGUGAGUGAGAAGGGCUUUUGGGUCAUGGGUAAUGCUCAGGGUCUGCAGACACUUACAUCUUUGACAAUUACUUCCUGCCGAGGAACAACUGAUGUGAGUCUUGAAGCCAUAGGGAAGGGGUGCCCGAACUUGAAACAGAUGUGCCUUCGUAAGUGUUGUUUUGUAUCUGACUAUGGUCUGGUAGCUUUUGCCAAGGCUGCUGGAUCUCUUGAGAGCCUACAAUUGGAGGAGUGCAACAGAAUCACGCAGUCAGGUAUUCUGGGUGCACUCUCAAACUGUGGAUCGAAGUUGAAGUCUCUUUCCCUGGUGAAAUGCAUGGGAAUUAAGGAUCUAGCUCUGGAAACACCUACACUCUCUCCUUGCGAAUCUCUCCGAUCUUUGUCCAUCCGAAGCUGCCCGGGGUUUGGCAGUGCUAGCUUGGCUAUGGUGGGGAAAUUGUGUCCUCAGCUGCAUCACAUCGACCUGAGUGGUCUUUAUGGAAUAACUGAUGCAGGGCUUCUCCCACUUCUGGAGAGCUGUGAGGCAGGGCUUGUUAAAGUGAAUCUUAGUGGGUGCUUGAAUUUGACAGACGAAGUGGUUUUAGCCAUGGUUAGACUACAUGGGGGAACCCUUGAAUUGCUUAAUCUUGAUGGUUGUAGGAAGAUCACCGAUGCAAGCUUAGUGGCUGUUGCAGAAAAUUGCCUUUUACUAGAUGAUCUUGAUGUGUCAAACUGUUCGAUCACUGAUUCUGGCGUUGGUGCUCUAUCUCGUGGGGAGCAAUUAAAUUUGCAUAUCCUUUCUCUGUCUGGUUGCUCUAAGGUAUCCAACAAGAGUUUGCCUUCCCUGAAAAAAUUGGGAAGGACCCUGGUGGGUUUGAAUCUCCAGCACUGCAAUUCAAUCAGCAGCAGCUCAGUUGAGCGGCUUGUAGACAACUUGUGGAGAUGCGAUAUACUUUCCUAGAUCAGGGCAGGAAACCGAACGCCUAUAUAUGGUAAAUUAAGCAGGCAGAUGUAAAGGUGUUAAAUUAGAAUAGAUAAUUCGAAGACUCUAUAGGUAGCAGAAGCAUAGCUCCAUAUGGCUCGUACAGUCUGCGAACGCGGAUAGCAGAAUCAGCAUACUUGGUAGUUUUCUAUCCCAUUAGCAGUGGGUCUCCUUAUAGCUCAGCAGCUUGGUUGUUUUCCAGGGGACUUUGGUAGAUACACUUUUCAUCCCUUUUUGCAGGUUUCCUCAUUUACAGAGAGCCUGUUAGACCUGUUUAGUCUCUCUCAUAGACGGGAGGCUGCCUCUUCCACAGCCAUGGUUCCCUGAUAAUACAGUUACCCUGUCCUGGUUUUAGGUUUUCCACUGGUGGGUAUUCCACUUCUUGUCAUGUCAUGGUUCGGGUUCGCAUUGCUGGGUGUUCUAGUGCCUGGUAUUUUAGCUGGCUUCGUUUGGUGCUUUUUCAGUCUUCCUUGCCGUUUAGUUUGUGUUUAGCUUUAAUGGUCUUUUUAAGUGUGUGUCCUUGUUUUAUCUUAUUUUGGUCCUCUCCCUGUGGUUGCAUCGGGAAGUUGCAAGUGUGGGUGACUCUGACUCGUGGACUUCGGCCAUGGCAGCUUGUUCAUGUAGUUGCUAUGACAACCUCACGGUUGUUUGUUUUUUUCUUACCAAGUCCUAGUUUUUUAUGGGAUCACCAAAUCCUAUUUCUUCAUAUGUCUCCUGCUCUUGUAUAUUGUUCUAUGCAACCACUUUCUAUGUAAUAAAAUGGGAAUUCGCUA